CGGCUGCUGUGGGUGGGGGGCGGGGCGUGCUCCGCGCGCCGAUGCCGAGCGUGGUCGUGGAGGUGCGGGUCGCGCCGGGCGAGCGAGUGCGCGCCGGACAGGCGGUCGUCGUGCUGGAGAGCAUGAAGACGGAGACGGUGUUGCGCGCGGCGGUGGGCGGCGUGGUGCGCGCUGUGGGGUGUGCGAAGGGGGAGAUGGUUGAGGAGGGGAGGGUGGUGGUUGAAAUUGCGGAGGACGAGGGAGAGGAGGGACGUGGUUGAGAUGGUCUGUACUGAUGUGUAUUGGUGUCUGAAGGACUCGGCGACUGGGGGUGCACAUUAAUAUCCGUCAUUGUCUGUAUUGCUACCGGGUUCGAUGUGUGUACGAUAUGUAUCAUAAGGGCAUUUCAUGGACCACACAACUUCUGUUUCCCAGCUCUCCUCCUCUAGGCAUGACGCACACCGUGAGGUGUUUCGUACUCCGCGCAUGUAGUAAGAGAAGUAUGAAGCUUUGAAGCCGGUCGUAUACUUGAACAUAUACUACGCGACUGUCAGUGCGGAUGUACUAGUACUUACUGCCGGCGCUAGUGUCAGUGACAGUACGUAGUUCAGUCACGUGGAGGCCGACAUGUACUUACUAUACUUGACGCCAGUGCUGGACUCAAUUUCACCG